AUGCCCUGUGUCACUCCCUACCUGCUCGCUGCUCUCAGGGAGGACACCUCCCCCAGUGCCAACGACAUCACGAAAGUUCUGGGAAGUGUGGGCAUCGAGGCCAACAACCAGCUCGACGAGGUCACCAGUGAGCUGAAAGGUAAAAGCAUUGAAGAGGCCACUGCCUGGAGUAUUGGCGAGGUUGCCAGUGUGCCUGCUGGUGGCACGGUGGCCGUUUUUGCACCUGGGGGGCUCAGUAGCCCCAGCUGCUGCCUCGGCCCAAGAGCAGCAGAGGAGAAAGCCGUGGGCUUUGGCUUGUUUGAAUAA